AUGACUGAAGCUCGCAGACUGGAAUUUGCUGAUGCCGCUUCUAUUGUUCAAUCGCAUCAGAAAGAUGAGCAGGUCGAGACUUUGCUGACUGAAAAGCUGGAAGAAUUGGUCAAAAAGCUGAAAAGCCAAUAUUUUGCCAAUGCAUACGGUCCAGAAAUAAGCAUAGUGGCGAAGGUUUUAUAUCUUGGCUUGACUACACUUCGUGGAAGAAGAACUUUGGGCGAGGAAUAUGUCAAUUUGGUUCAUCUGGACAGAAAAGGCAAUAGAACAACGAGUUUGAGACAAAGGCUUCUUUUCAUUAUUUCCUAUACACUUCUGCCGUAUACAUUGUCCAGACUUAUAAAGCGUUUUGCCAAGAAUUAUAGUGCUCAACUCAUAAAUGAGGGCAGAGACGAAGAAAAGGAUCAAACAGCCAAGAAUUCGAAAUUGUCAUUGUUGCUACAAGUUCUGAAAGAUCACGAUCUGCAAAAUAUACUCAAUGGGAUAACUGACUUGCAUCUUAUUUUGUUUUAUUUCAGGGGCUCUUUUUAUCACAUUUCCAAACGCAUUUUUGGCCUGCGAUAUUUCGCGGCCCGCGUCAGUGAUGAACACGAAGAAAAGUUCAGGCAGUCUAGCGCUCGGACCUACAGAAUUUUAGGGGCUACUCUGCUCGUGCAAACGAUAACAAGAGAUCUACCACCACUUUGGCGAUGGUUUAGCAAGAUUUGCAGAAAUCCGGAUGACGAAACUGACAAAUCUCAGGAUCCUCACUCUUCGCUUCUGUUGUGUGAUAUUCCUUCCGAUGACCAAGUCGAUCACAUAAGGCUCGAGAACCCCGAAGAACUCCAGUUCAUCAAAGAAGGCUCUAGAAAGUGCAUAUUAUGUCUAGAGUAUAUGACAGACCCAAGUUGCGGGCCAUGCGGGCAUGUCUUCUGUUGGGCCUGUCUACUCAACUGGUCUAAGGAGAGACCGGAAUGCCCCCUGUGCAGACAGACUUGUCGCAUGGAAAGCAUCUUAACAACUAGAUAA